AACAAACAAACUUCCGCGCGGCCGGAUCCAGUGGCCAGAACCCUCGCUGGUCUGCGUUUCCCAUCUCGUGAUUCUACACUUCUACCGUUCCACUCUCGUGCGCUCUUGUUUUCUUCUCUCCGUUGCCGCCCUACGUCAGGUGCCCAAUUCUCCAUUUUCGGGCCCUUCUCCAGCGACGAGCACCCGCCAGGUCCGAUCCAUCUCACCCGGAUCUUCUGUAUCUCGGGUUCUUGGCAGAGGAUUAUGGAUUGGCUGGGGCAGAAACGCGCGGAGAUGCUGAUGCAGGUGCUGCUGGUGGCGUCUGCGGUGGUGGCGUUCCUGGUGGGCUACGUGCGCGCGGACUUCCAGCUCAUGCUGCUCGUCUACGCCGGCGGCGUCGUGCUCACGGCUCUGGUCACCGUCCCCAACUGGCCUUUCUACAACCGUAACCCGCUCAAGUGGCUCGACGCUGCCGAGGCCGAGCGCCACCCGCGGCCCCAGGUCAGCGCCGCCCCCGCGGCAGGGGGUAAGAAGAGGUCCGGGAAGAACAAGUAGUUGGUCGAUGUGUGUGUUCUUGGUCGACCUGACUCAACCUGUUUAAGAUCUAUUCGCAGAACUAAUCAAUUAUAAAAAGAGAUAUUGAGAUAUUUGACAGUUUUCGUACUUAAAAGUGCUCAGCUGUAGCUGAAAA